UCCUGCCUUCCUUCCUUCCUCCAGCCCGUAAAGAUGGACCCGCGGUGCCUCUAACAAAAGACCCCGCCAGGCACCCAGCUUUCGCCUCUCCUGCCGCCGCCGCCGCCUCGGCCGCCGCUGCUGUUUCUCUUCCUGCUCCUGCUUGAUCGGGGUUUGCACGUCUGGCCGGGGAAGUCGGGUGCUUGGCGCGUCUGCGUCCCGGGGAUCCCCUUUUGUCUCCGACCGCAGCGCCCCCACCCUCGCCCCCAUGCCUUGCUGAGACGCUGCGAAGCCCACCCGGGGGGGCGGGUGGGGGAAGGACCCCCUUCCGCACCAUGGGCGCCCCCACCUUCCCCCCCGCUGCUAUAGAGGGGCCGGCCCGUCGCUAGGACCCUUCUUGGGCUGAGGAUUGGGUCUCUUUGCCUGCCUGGGAAAGAAAAGUUGAGAGCACCCCAAGAUCUGCCUCUCAAAGCACCUUUGGGUCUCCCUUUGCACCCUGUUUAUUCUCUCCCCCACUUUGCAGAUCCUGAACCCCUAAACUUCACCUCCGCAGUUAUCCAGGCAUCCUUCUUCCAAUCUGUUGCCCCUCUUGUUGUGGGUGGUGUUUUUUUUUUUUCAUACCUCCAGAUUUGAUCACAGCUUCCUGUAGCCUAAUAGGGCUGGUUGCCAAGAUAGCUGCUUUCCCUGCACCCCACUUUUUUUAUUGGGAAAGCCCCCUCCUUUUGUUUGUUGAGAAACUUUCCCCAAAGGGCACCUGCCAGUUAAGGCUGUGUGGUUCAGAUGGCAGCUCUUCUUGCGUAGUUCCACCACAUCCUCAUUCGUGGUUUUCCAUCCCGUUGGAAGGGGAUAUUUUCACAACCUUGGGCCUUUUGGGUCACAGAAACCCUUCUAAUAUUUUGUAGUGAGCGCCCCCCACCCAGCAUUUUCACACCUCACUAGAAAGGCAAUAGACCUCAUUUUCCAAUUCGUGAAGUGCUCUUCCCAAACUUCCAUUUAUCUAGAGAGUGCCUCCCUUGCGCCUCAGCCUCUAAUUGUAGCUUGCAUUUCCUGACCCGUGGAUAAGAUUCCCCAAUUUUUUUAGGCCUCUUGAUAUUUCAGUAGAGCCUGGGAUUUCCAUCCAUAUUUUGGUUAUGUGGUGAGAUAAAAUCUCAGUCCUUUGUUCUCUAUUCAAUAUUUUUUUAAAUUAACGUAAUCCCAGAAACCCUGUUUAAAUGUCUUGUGGUUCCACAAAGCUCACCUAUUAAGAGAAAGAUGUUAUACAACAUUUCUGCUUUUUUCCUAUAGAUUUUCGAGCCUUCACAUCUAUUCUUUAGUCAUUCUCUUUUUGUUUAAUGUAAGUACAAUAUUCCAAUUUUUUCUGUGCAUUCUGUCGAAAACGCACCUUCUUAGAAAUCAUUCACUGAUGUCCCCCACAUCAGAGAUUUGGUUAGAGAACUGAUAGUCAGUUGCUUUGUCACCCCCGCUUUCAGCCAAGGUGUACACAAUCCCUAAAAAAAACCCAUAUCAAACUAUCCCAAAAUAUAAUUUACUCUUUGCUGUAAAUUUAAAAUAAGCCAAGAUACCUCUUUUCUUUUUAAGAUUUUUUUUAAAACCUUAAGGGAAAAAAAUAUUACUGUACUCGUAUAAAAACACUCCUUUGCUGGAGCACACAAUUUUGCAUGCGUUUAUUUUGCUGGUGAGAUUUGCCCUAAUAAUCCAGGUAUUUUCUGCUGAAUAUUCCUCAAAUCUCACUUUUGCAAACCGCAGUUGAUCUGAAUUCCAGAGGGCUGUUUUGCUCCUCUUGCAGUCUUGUCCAAAAUCGGUGUCUCUUCCACCCACCUAAUUUGUCUGAUGGCUUUCCAAGACCCCAACCAUCCACUUCAAGCUCAGCUUUGUAGCAAUGUUUUUGGGGCAUUGACGGGGUUAAUCCAGCCACCUUUAGCUGCUGGGCUAGGUGCGGGCCAGAAAUAUUAUUGCAAUAAUGGGGUACAGAUAGGUCCCCCCCAGCAACAGCAGACAACGCUUGGCAAUGCGAUGAUGGUGGACCCAGAACCAGAUCGACCCAUCGGUUAUGGUGCUUUUGGUGUGGUAUGGUCUGUGACAGAUCCUCGGGAUGGGUCGCGAGUUGCACUCAAAAAGAUGCCCAAUGUUUUCCAGAACUUGGUCUCUUGCAAACGGGUCUUCAGAGAAUUGAGAAUGCUCUGUUACUUCAAGCAUGACAAUGUCCUCUCAGCACUGGAUAUCCUCCAACCUCCACAGAUUGACUGUUUUGAGGAAAUUUAUGUUAUCACUGAAUUGAUGCAAAGUGACCUUCACAAAGUAAUCGUUUCUCCACAACCGCUCAGUUCCGAUCAUAUCAAGGUCUUUUUGUAUCAGAUCCUCAGGGGGCUAAAAUAUUUGCACUCUGCUGGUGUCCUUCAUCGGGACAUCAAGCCUGGGAAUCUGCUGGUCAAUAGCAACUGUGUCCUCAAGAUCUGCGAUUUUGGUUUGGCCCGGGUAGAGGAACCAGAUGAGUCCCAGCACAUGACUCAAGAGGUGGUUACCCAAUAUUACCGGGCUCCUGAAAUCCUGAUGGGCAGUAGACAUUAUGGACGUCCAAUUGAUAUUUGGUCUGUGGGCUGCAUUUUCGCCGAACUCCUCGGCAGGCGCAUCCUCUUUCAGUCCCAGAGCCCAAUUCAGCAGUUGGACCUGAUUACGGAUCUCCUGGGGACUCCUCCCGUGGCUGCUCUCCGUUCAGCCUGCGAGGGGGCCCGUGCCCAUAUCCUGCGUGGCAGUCACAAGCCACCAUCGUUGUCUGUCCUUUACAUGCUCUCUGGAGAAGCAACCCACGAAGCUGUGCAUUUGCUCUGCCGGAUGUUGGUCUUUGAUCCAGCCAAGCGGAUCUCUGCCAAGGAUGCUCUUUCUCAUCCUUACUUAGAUGAGGGGCGACUGAGAUAUCACACUUGUAUGUGCACUUGCUGCUUUUCGGUCUCCUCCGGCCGCAUUUAUACUAGUGACUUUGAACCCCGGGCCGACCCCAAAUUUGAUGGCUCUUACGAAAAGAACCUCGCUUCUGUCUGGCAGGUCAAAGAACUGGUGCACAGGUUUAUCUUGGAGCAGCAGCAUGGGAAACGGGUCCCCCUUUGUAUCAACCCCCAGUCAGCUGCCUUCAAAACCUUCAUCCGCUCCACAGCAUGGCAUUCUUCCAAGGUGUCCAAAAAAGAAGAGAGAUGAAGUUGCUUCUUGGAUGGCCGUGACGGA